CUUCUCGGCCGCCGUACUCCAUUACGACAAUUGUUUGCUACUUCGCUACGUCUGGCUGCGGUCGCUAAGUGAAAACAUGUCUGAAUAUUCGCACGUAAAAUCGACUAAACUUGUAUUGAAAGGUCAAAAUAAAGGAAAAAAGAAAAAGAACAAGGAUAAGAAGAGAAAAUCUACAAAUGACAAAGAUAAGCUUGAUAUUAUUGGUGGUUGGUGGUGUGUCAGUGGUUUCGGAGAAAUUGUUGGAACAGUUGCCAUAGAGAUGCAGAACAACUCGUACAUUCAUGCCCUGGAUACAGGACUCUUCACACUUGGUGCACCACACAGAGAUGAUGAGGGACCUGACCCACCGGAACAGUUCACUGCCAUUAAACUGUCCGACUCACGGAUUGCUUUGAAAUCUGGGUAUGGGAAAUAUCUGGGCAUCAACUCUGACGGCUUGGUGAUGGGGCGCUCUGACGCCAUUGGCUCUAGAGAACAAUGGGAGCCUGUCUUCCAGGAGGGUAAAAUGGCGCUGCUGGCUGCAAAUAGCUGUUUCAUUUCCUACAGUGACGAUGGAGACAUUGUGGCCAAGAACAAGACGGCAGGAGACAACGAGAUGCUUAAGAUCCGGACUAAUGCAGAACGAGAAGUCAAGCAUAAAGAUGACAUUGCAGAUGAAGACAGAGGAAAUGUAAAAUCCUGUGAGGUCAAUUAUGUGAAAAAAUUUCAGAGUUUUCAGGACCAACGACUCAGAGUUAAUGAAGAAGACGCCACUAAGCUCAAGAAAGCCAGGAUGGAUGGAAAAUUUCACGAAGCUUUGCUGGACAGGAGAAGCAAAAUGAAAGCAGACAGAUACUGCAAGUGAAGACUCAUGUAUUUCUACUAUGUUUUAAGUAAAAUCCUGUUUUUUUGCAGACUGGGCAUUUUUGGUUCUAUUUUUUUUAAUAAACCUUUUAAUAGUUUAA